UUUUUUCAUUGUCUCAAUCAUUCCAUAAGCCAUCAUCUUAUCGUCUCCUUCUCUUAUUUUUCUUGGUCUGCCAUGUCUCAAUUUGCCAACUUUCUACUUCUGGUGGUCACUUUGGCCGUGGUCGGCCACACCCACGCGCAAACUGUUCUUACCGGCGUGGAAUGCACGGCGAAAUUAAUUUCGCCACGAUCUGACGUCGCUUCUGUGUACGAUGGGGCUGAGACGAUUUACAUUUUUGGGGGAUGGUUUUACGACCCAUCGGACACCUUAAUUCCGUACGCGGACACCCAUGCGUACAAUAUCACGUCGGAUACGAUCAGCGUGAUUGGUCAGCUGCCGAGGACCUCGUGGUCAGGGGGCGCCUGGUUUGAUGCGCCGACUGGAAAUAUUUAUUUUCUAAGGGGAGAUGGAACUUUUUUGUGGCAAUAUACUCCAUCCACAGGCGAAACUAUCUCUCACGGCGAAUGGCGUGGCGACUCUUCCACCGUAACCCUCGUGAGAACCUGGAACAACAAAAUUUUCGCAUUUGGCGGUCUCACCGAUGCCACCGCCGUGUACGAGUACGACAUCCGAACCGGUGUGCAGGGCCCCCUCGGCACCCUGCCCGCCCCAUCCGAACUUUCCGUCGGGGUUUAUGCCACUGAACUUGAAUCCACCUUCCUUUUCGCGGGCCUAAUGGGAACCUGGGCGCCAUCCUUGAUGGUCCACAACCACUCCAUUAAUGCCACCACGACCCGGGCGACGCCAACGUUCCCCUCAUUUCGCCAUGGCGACGGAUCUAUCACGUGGGACGGUGAAUUCGCCUACAUCGCGGGCGCCGUCGUGGAUAACGGGGCGCGUGGAAAUGGGAUCAUAAAAUUUAAUUUGGACUCCGUUGAGGCCGAAUUUAUCCCCGUUAAUGGUCUCGCGGACCAACUUACGUCCACCAGUACGGUUUAUGUGCCCGGGUUAAAUCGGAUUUAUAUCAUUGGUGGGUAUGAUUUAAGGAAUUUGGACACGGAUCAGAUUUGGUAUGUGGAUUUGGACCAGGGUAAAACUAAAAACUAGUUCAUAUAUUUCAAGUACUUGUGUGUAUGCUGGAAACGUGGGUUAAUUGAAAUUUUGAAAAAAUUGUAAAAUCGGAAAUAUUCGUAAUAAAAUUUGAUAAUUUAUGUAUUUA